GCCAUCAUCGUGCGACGUGGGAAUUGUGCGUGGGUCUGAGUCAAGGAGCGGUGCAAACCAGAAGAUUGGCUCGUUCGGGACUUCUGGGGUCUCUAGGCCGCGGGACUCCCGGGGCUUAGAUAAGAGCUCCCAGGUUGGGGGCUCGCAGUCUGCAGCGGGGCCCUGCCCGCACCCCUGUCUCUCUAAGAUGAGUACCUGCCUUUAUUCUUCUCUCUCCUCUGGUCCUGAGCCACGUGUCAGGAGUGCACUUAAGAAGAUCUUUGGGUUUGACUCAUUUAAGACCACCUUGCAGGAGAGUGCCACCAUGGCAGUGGUUAAAGGUGAGAAGGAUGUGUUCGUGUGCAUGCCCACAGGGGCAGGGAAAUCCUUGUGCUAUCAGCUUCCUGCACUGCUGGCAGCAGGUAUCACCAUUGUGAUCUCUCCUCUUAUUGCCCUCAUUCAGGACCAGGUAGAUCACUUGUUGGCUCUGAAAGUUCGUGUAUGCUCUCUGAACUCCAAAUUAUCUGCUCAGGAGAGAAAGAAAAUUCUAAUGGACCUGGAGAAGGAAAAGCCACAGACAAAGCUCUUAUAUAUCACUCCUGAAAUGGCAGCCUCUGCCUCCUUUCAGCCCAUUCUGAGCUCACUGGUGUCCCGACACCUUCUCUCCUACCUGGUGGUAGAUGAGGCUCAUUGUGUCUCCCAGUGGGGGCAUGACUUCCGACCCGAUUACCUCCGGCUAGGUGCCCUGAGGAAACGAAUACCCCAUGCCCCUUGUGUGGCUUUGACAGCCACAGCUACCCAGCAAGUUCAGGAGGAUGUGGUCACUGCCUUGAAGUUGCGACAGCCAGUUGCCAUCUUUAAAACACCCUGUUUCCGGGACAACCUCUUCUAUGAUGUGCAGUUCAAGGACCUGCUUGGUGAUCCCUAUGGGAACCUCAGGGACUUCUGCCUAAAGGCACUUGGACAGAAAAACGAUAAGGAAGCUUUUCCUGGCUGUGGCAUCGUGUACUGCAGGACACGAGAGGCCUGUGAACAGGUGGCAACAGAGCUCAGCUCCAGGGGUGUAAAAGCCAAGGCUUAUCAUGCAGGGCUCAAGGCCGAGGACAGGAUGUUAGUGCAAAAUGAGUGGAUGGAGGAGAAGGUUCCUGUCAUUGUUGCAACCAUCAGUUUCGGGAUGGGAGUGGACAAAGCAAAUGUCAGAUUUGUUGCCCACUGGAAUAUCGCCAAGUCAAUGGCUGGGUAUUACCAAGAGUCUGGACGAGCUGGGAGGGAUGGACAGCCCUCUUGGUGCCGCCUCUAUUACUCCAGGAAUGAUCGGGAUCAAGUCAGCUUUCUGAUAAAGAAGGAGAUCUCAAAACUGCAGGAAAAGAGAGGGAACAAGGACUCUGAUAAAGCCAGCAUGACAGCCUUUGAGGCCCUGGUGGACUUCUGUGAGAAGCUGGGGUGCCGCCAUGCUGCCAUUGCCAGGUACUUUGGGGAUGCACCCCCUCCUUGCUCCAAAGGCUGUGACCACUGCAAGAACCCUGGGGCUGUUAGGAAGCAGCUGGAUGCCUUGGAGAGCAGCAGCAGCUGGAGUAAGACACAGAUCAGAAGCUCUCGUGGGAAUGGCUCUGACUCAGAGCUGUACGAGGGUGGCCGUAGGGGAUACGACGGCUUUGGCAGAUACGAUGAGGACUCGGGAAGCAGUGGAACCCAGGGCAAUGAUGGAGCCGAGGGCAACGAUGAAGCCCAGAAGCGAGAAUGGAACCUUUUCUAUCGGACUCAGAUGAACCUUCGGAAGGGUAAAGAACCCAAGAAAGAGGAAUUCAUCCCCCCAGAUGAUGACUGUCCUCUGAAGGAGGCCUCCAGCAGGAAGAUUCCCCGGCUUACUGUGAAGGCUCGGGAACACUGUUUGAAGCUGUUGGAGGAGGCCCUGAGCAGCAACCUACAAACAGUUUGUACGACAGAGAGGACUGACCAGCAGGCCCGUGCAGUGGAGCUGGAGUAUGAGGCGUUCCGAAGUACCAAGAUGGCCAAUCUGUACAAGGCCAGUGUGUUGAAAAAGGUGGCGGAGAUCCACAAAGCCUCCAACGAUGGGAAACUCUACCCUUUUGGGGAUGGUGGGGACCAGAACUGUGGGGCCCAGGCUGUGCUGCCUGAAGAAGACAUCCGACCAGCCUCUCAAGUGUAUUCAUUCAAACCAAAGCGGAAAGGAGCUGGCUUCCGGACAGGCUCGGAGCCCUUCCAGACAGCCGCUGAGCUCUGGCAGAGGUCCCUGGCUGAGGAGCACGUGCCACCUGUUCGGCCAGAAGGAGAGCAGGCUGGCCCAAGAGAGACCUCACAGCCUGAAAAGAAGGCAGACCCCUUCCCAGAGCAGAGAGUUCUUGGAGGAGGCCUUGAGAGAAGUGGACCAUUGCCUGAAAAGAAGGCUGAAAGAUUCCCUGGGGAACAGCCUGUCAUGAAGUCUCAGGCCAGCAAGAAACAGCAGUUGCUGGCCGAUGCAGCAAAGAAUUCUCAGGAGAUAACCUGCUUCUUCUCCCACCGAAGGGCAAAGAGCCUACCCCUACCUGGCCCAUUGCCCUUGCAAAUGGUGGACUUUGGUCCCUCUCCUGAAGAGACUCAAGAACCAGAGUUAGCCCUGGGAAAGAGUAUAAUGGAGGAGGACAGAGCCCUAAGGCAUUUGUCUGCCCUGAGCCAGGCAGAGACCACUGAAGAGCUGGAAUCGAGUCUCAAGGUCAGAUGUGAAGUCCGGCCCCUCCCCCCAGAGGACACCCAGCCACGGAAACGGUCCAGAUCCCAUCAGGGGAUUCCAGAGGACCAAACUCAGAAGAGGCCUCGACCCACAUCCAAACCCUCCAUCUUGAUACCACCAGAGGCUAAGGUCAGCAGCUCUUCCAAAAAAGAUGUGAGUUUUGACCAGAGUAUAGAGAACCAAGGCCCUGAUCGGCUUCUAGACCCAAGACCAAAGACCCCUGGUGUUUCUCUGAAGGAAGCUGCAGACAUUGUAGUCAAGUACCUAACCCCUUUCUACAAGGAUGGCAAGUUUGCUUCCAAGGAAUUAUUUAAGGGGUUUGCCCGACACCUUUCGCACUUGUUGGCCCGGAAGACGCCUCCACGGGGGAGUGUGAAAGAAGAGGCCCAGAAGCUCAUCAAGCAGUUUUUUCAAAGCCGGACCAGCUGUGAAAAUGAAAGUGACUGGCUGGACCUGCCUGACCCAGGUCAGAGAUAGCUGAUGUUGGGGAGGAGGAGAGGACUGGUGUCGCACUGGAGAGGCCACAGUGUCUGCUGAGAGCACAGGCUCCUUCCUGGCUCCUGCCCCGAGAAGCCACCAGUGACUUUACUUCACCCCGUGCCAAGCCAGCUUACGGGACACUAGCUCUGCACCAUGAGCUCAUGGCUUUGGAGAAUUGGGGUUGGGGGCAGAAUCAGGAUGGGAAUCUUGCUGCAGCUACUGCUGCUAGGGAAGAGCUUCCCCCUCUUCCAGGUCUGCCUAUGCAAGAACCUUACUUUAGGGGGCCUGUUGUGAAUACCUCCAUCCCUCAGGGCCGAGGCUAGAGCUCAGCCCCUACCCUCCUACAUGUAAAGCUACAAGUCUCAUCCAUAAUUGCUGCUUCCUCAUUCUUGUGGCUGGGCUUUAUUGGUUGGCUCCCUAGAAGAAGGGGCUAUCUCUGAGGGCUUCCUGCAGGAGGAGGAGGAGGGAAUUUGGAGGAUGCCUCCACUCUGUACUUUUUAAUAUGUUGGUGGUAUGUCUGGUGUUCCCACGUUUCUACGUUCAUCUCCUCCACCUCCCUUGAAGCUGUAUCUACCAACUUGGCCUCCAGGGUACAUGUAUGAAACCCUGGGACCCUCUCAGAAGCCAUACUUGUCCCAGACCCAUCUGCUAGGGCCAGGAUGGCCAAUGUUUACAAAUUGGAAUAAAACUCUUUAUUCUGGUCGGGCUCAGUUCUGCUCCCCAGACUCCAGGC